UUCUGAAAAACACAAAUGUGUCUUCAACCAUUUCUGGGGAGAAAUCGUUUUCUCUGGUGUCGCCCCCUGCAGGUGAACCCGGCGGCGUCUCUGUCCAUGACCCUGGCUCAGACGGAUUACUGUCGUCAGCAGAGCUUCGACCCUCAGAGUCCGCUCUGCGCCCGAGUCCUCCUGUCGGGUUCUGUCAUCCAGGUCAAUGACACGGAGGCGGAGUUUGCGAAGAAAUCUCUGUUCAGUCGGCACCCGGAGAUGAUUGAUUGGCCGACAGAUCACAACUGGUUCUUCGCCAAGUUCAACAUCACACAGGUGUGGGUGUUGGAUUAUUUUGGCGGCGUGAAGACCGUCACUCCGGAGGAAUAUUUCCAGGCGACGCCGUACAGGAAGCACCACUGAGCUGCGUGGUUCUCAUGAUGUCACUCAGAUUUAAAUCGUACAUUUUCAAACAGCAAACAGGAAGUAAAAUCAAAACGACCACAUCUGUAUUUGUCACAGACAAGAUGCAGAAACAGUUUUUAUCUCUAUAAAUUUAUAUUAAACUCUCGUCAUCAGCGUCGCCGUAUUGAUCAGAGCCGUCGUUUUCUCCAUGAAUCUGGAGUUUUGUGUGAUUAUAUAUGUGUGCAGUGUUGGAGUGUGACCACUGGAGGGCGCUGUUGCUCUGAUAAUGAAAGAUUCAAAACAAUCAUUUUUAUCAUUUUGGUUCAGUGCCAAAGAAAAAGAAUAUUUUCUGUGUUUGACUAAAGUCACAUCAGAUGAUUCAUCAAAGACCAGAAUUAAAGGAUCAAAUGAAAAUAAACAUUACAUUUUUCUGUUGGUUUAUCAACAAACCAAACUUGAAGGUGUUUGUUUCACUGGGAAAUAUUUGAUAAUAAUAUUCAAAACAUGGAACAUCCCAUGAUGUAAACGUUAAACUUUUUAAUGAGAAUAAAAGUUUUUUUUUGUUUCAGACACUUCAUCAAUAACUUUUGAAGAAAACUUUUUGCUGUGAAAUUCUAUUUUUAAAAAGAAAAUGAAAGGAUGAUUUGUAUAAAUAAAGUUUUGUGUUUC